GAUACUGAUGAUGAAAAAACAGCGCAUUAUCAAAAAAUGUCGACAUCAAUGGCAAGUUCCAGUAGCAUCGCCUCGAAUCCUUCCCUCUACGACAUGCUCGCGAUGUAUUGUGGCAAAUGUAAAGAGCAUGUUGAGGCCACAAAACAACUUGUGCUGUAUCGCUUGCCGCCGAUCUUGAUCAUUCAGCUGAAACGUUUCAUCUAUACAACAUCCGUCCUAACAGUUCAUCGUCGUUCAAAAGAUGAUCGAUCAGAGACAAAGUACGACUUAACUGGUGUGGUGUGUCAUUCGGGAAGUAGCUAUUUUGGUCACUACAUAUCAAUGGGACGAUUGCAAAGUAUCGAUGGCAAAACCACUGAACUUGACUGGCGUACAUUUGAUGAUUCGAUAGUGUCAAGAACA